AUGGUGCUCAAGUUGACAUACUUUGCUUCCUGUGACCUGCGGGCGACUUAUCAAAAUAAGUCCCUGUUACCUGUCUUGAAGAUAAUGUCAGUCACUGGUUUUCACGCUGAAGACUUCCGAAUCAGUAAUGGCAAACACAAUCCCCUUUCCUGUUAUGGAGAACUAAAAAUUGCAUAUUGCAUAACACAGUCCAUACCGUGUCUUGAUUCCCACCGAGUCGGUGCCUGGAGUGAGACCCAUAGCAGCAGGGACUGGCGAAGGUAUUACCGUAUUUUAAAUAACCAGCAAGACAGUUUCAACGAAAGCAUAGAGCUUCCUCUUCCCUACAGUUCUCUUUACGACUAUAACGGAAUUUGUCUCGUCUUGUGCUCCACCUUCACGGACACCAGCGGUGUGCAUGACCAGUACCUCGCUGGCGGAUAUCUCAGUUUAUACAAUUCGAAAAGGAUCUUUCGUAACGGAAUCUAUGAGCUAGAACUGCGGUCGCUGCAGUCCCAUAAUCCUAGAUCCUUAAAUGAGGCUCUAGAGGUGAUAAUUUCGGAAGAUUUCAACGCCAAGCCAAAGGAGCUCGAGGAAAUUAACAGGCUUCUAAAGAUCAAUAGAAAGCAAAUGAGAGGUGAAUUGUUUGAUACGCCUAUUGAUCGGCAUACGCUACCAUUCGUGGAAAGAACUAUUGAAGAACUAAAACGCAAGUCCGGCAAAAUCUUCUUGAGUCUCAAGUUCGAAUUCUCGCGUUCGUAUCCCCAUCUGUACCUUCCUGUGAUAUUUGAACGACCAUGGAACCCGGUUGAUGAAAUGUACUUUAAAAUGACUAGGAAUGUUCGAACUGCAGAUAUGGAUCGGGAACGAAAACCUAAUAAGGACACCCUGGACAAGCUGAAGGUUUUUCCGCCCUUCUUUUUUGAUUAUUAUUUUUGGAAGGCGAUCAUUAGCCGUCCUUCAGGUGAAAUACUGUCUGAACUGGAUGGAGAUCUGAUUUGGAAAUUCCGUUUUUAUCUUGCAAAAAAGUUUCCCGAGUCGGCACUACCAAAGUUUCUUCUCUCGGUUCGAUGGGAAUACCCCGAGCAAGUUACCCAAGCCAUCGAACUGCUUCAUCAAUGGCCAGUUAUCGACCCCGAGAACAUUCUCGAACUUCUUACUAAGCAGUUCCCUCAUGGUGUCUGCCGAAAGUUCGCUGUCUGCCGCCUUCAGUCUGCAACUGCUGAGGAUCUGCAGUUGUAUCUUUACCAGUUGGUGCAAGCCCUGCGAUACGAAAAUAUUUCUGCUAUCCUGGCCGUCAGCCCAAUGACCGCGGAAACUGCGGCGGGCCACGUUGACUCCUGCAAAACGGACGAUGCCACGGUCGCCCCCACUGAUCCUGCCACCGACACAUCAUCCGCAGCCACAUGCACGCAGGAGACGACGAUGACGAAGCGAACUGGCGACGUACCUCGUGGACGUCCUCCUCACGACAUAGCAACAUCACUGUCCACGGUGGACUUACCUUGGGAUGACAUUGAAGUAGAUGCGGCGCAGGAUUGUUUUACCAUAUACAAGUUCGCGGACAUUUCACAACUUCGUACACCUCGUGGUAAGGUGGAGGACCUCGUCGUUUGCGAUGGACGAGCUGUCAUUUGUGUCAACGGUGGAAUUUUCUGUCUACGCCCGCUUGUCUUUGAAGAAGCUCGCACGCUAACUAUCUGUGUUACAAUAUUGGAGGCCCUCCUUCGUUUGGACUGA